UGAUCAAAUUCUCUUUAAAACAAAGUUAGAUAUGGCGUACAAAUAAAUAUGCCGGAAACCUCGUACGGUUUCGUUUUAAGAUAAAAAUGAACAAAGUUUUAUUAAUGAUUCUUUACAAAGAUAUUUUAAAAAGAACUUUUAAAUAAAAGUGGAUUGUUUAAUUCUUAUUUUAAAAAUUCAAUGUAUAAAAUUAGUUGUAAAAUAAGUAAUAUCUUAUCGAAUAUUAUUUUUUCUUUACUAUAUAUAUUCAGUUGAUUUUUAAGAAUUUAAUUUCUAUACAUAUAACAUGGCUGAUCCAACAAUACAAACAUUCUGUUGUCAUCAUUCCAACAGAACCGAUAUGGCAAUCGUAAUAAUGCAAGAAUUCAAUACAGAUGUGUAUAAUAUUGUAUGUAUGCUUUCUUCUUCUAUAGGUAUUUUAGGUGCAGUAUAUCAGAUAUUGCCAAGAGAAACAUCUAAUCUUCCUCAUAGAUGGCAAAACUUCUCUGCAUGUAGAGGAAGAGAAAUCAUCAUAUGGCUUGCAAUUGCAGAUCUCUUAGCGUCAUUAGGUGUAUUUAUUAGAUCAGCAUUGUGGGUAAAUUUUAAAUCUAUAAUGCCAAUGGAAGAUGAUACUUCAAGUGUUGUUUUUUGUGCACUUUCAUCGGCAUGGACACAGUAUUUUUACAUGGCAACAUGGAUUUGGACACUUUGCUAUGCCAUUGAUAUGAAAUUAUUAUUAGGAGAUCGAUCUGGACAUCCUAUUUGUUACCAUAUCUUUGCUUGGAUAUGUCCAGCAAUUUUGACUACAUUUGGUUUAACAAUUUUAUAUGUACCAGAUGCUAAUUGUCAUAAUUUAACAUCAUUAUCCACUGCUAUUUUACGUAUUUUACCAAAUUAUUGUGCUACUUAUGUGCUAUUAGCUGUGGUCAUGAUAGUUAAUCCUCUUUUAUAUUUUGGAUCAACCCGAGAUCUUCAAACUGCUGUUACAUGCAGUCUAGCGCAAAUAACAGGAAGAGAAAGAAAAUUGGUACAAGCAAUAAAGCUUAAAUUUGCAUUGACUAAUUUUGUAUAUUAUGUGUGUUGGUUACCAAAUUUAAUUAAUGGAAUUUUAUUAUGGACUUUGUGGUUUCAAUUACCAAUCAAAGCUAUCAUUAUUCUUUGGUACAUAAUGGCUGUUACAAAUCCACUUCAAGCAUUUUUUAAUGCUCUUGUUUACAAGAGAUGGGGUAAAAGAGAAAAAUUUCGACUAGAAUGCUGUCAGAAAUUAGGGAAUUUUAAUUUAAAUCAGAUUUCAAAAGGAGAUACAAAUAUAUUGUCAGAAUCGUCGCCUUUAUUAGAUCCGAAAUUUGGAUGUCCCCCUCAUACAAGUAUUAAUGGGUCUUCCUCAUUCUAAGAACUGUGAUCUCUUUUAUAUUAAUAAAAAUAAUCUACUGCCUUAUAUCAUUUUUAAAAAAA